AUAGUUGAUCAUGUCUACUAUAAGUCUAUAACCUCCAAAUCAAAAGGUGAGUUUUCCACCAACAACACUAACUUAUGUUGCUUAACUGCAUGUCCUAUAUAAAUAGGGUGUAGCUUUUGUAGUUUGACACACCUUUACCAUAACAAGAGAUUAAGAGAUGAUGAUGAUCUUUCCCUUAUUAGCAAUCCUCUUUCUCACCAUACUUUAUCCAUAUUUUCUUCAAAAACACAAGAAAAAUGAACCAUUCCAUCCUCCCCCUGGACCUAAAGGGAUCCCCUUCAUAGGUAACCUUCUCCAAUUCGAAACCUCGAAACCUCACGUAUACCUCGCCGAGCUCUCCAAGAUCUACGGCCCGAUCUUGACCCUGAGAUUCGGGCGUGUUCCCGUUGUUGUUGUUCAAUCGGCUAAAUUAGCCAAAGAGGUUCUCCAGAUACAGGACCGCAACUUUUGUAACAGACCGCUUAUGGUUGGUAUGCAAAGGCUAAGUUAUAAUGGGUUAGACAUUGCUUUUGCACCAUACAAUGAGUAUUAUAGAGAGAUAAGGAAAAUAAGUGUUGUUCAUCUAUUUAGUUCUAAGAGAGUGGAGUCUUUUGCUCAAAUUCGUGAAGAAGAAGUGUCUAGGAUGAUUAAAAAGAUAACCUCACUCUCUUGUUCUUCCAAAAUCGUUAACCUAAGUGAAUUGCUUAUGGUGUUUGCAUGUUCAAAUAUUUGUAGGAUUGCUUUUGGUAAGAGGUAUGAGGAUGAUGAAGCGUCGAAGAGCAGAUUUCAUAGCUUGCUAAAUGAAGCAGAAGCCAUGUUUACAACCUUCUUUUUUAAGGAUUACUUUCCUUAUUUUGGUUGGCUUAUUGAUAAGCUAAAUGGGAAAAUGUCUAGACUUGAAAGGAUAUUCAAGGAUUUGGAUGCAUUUUAUGAAGAAAUCAUACAUGACCAUCUUGAUCCAAACAAGCCUAAAUCUGAUAGAGAGGAUAUUAUCGACAUUUUACUCCACCUUACACAACAACAACAACAACAACAACAACAACAACAACCCUCAUUUAAGCUCACUUUGGAUCACAUCAAAGCAGUUUUAAUGAAUAUAUUUAUUGCAGGAACAGAUACAAGUGUAGUUAUGGUUAUUUGGGCAAUGACAGAGCUAGUGAAGAACCCUAAUUCAAUGAAGAAAGUACAAGAAGAGCUUAGGAAUGCAACACAUAAUAAGGGUUGCUUAAACAAUGAUGACUUGAAGGACCUUAAAUAUUUCAAGGCAGUAGUAAAGGAAGCAUUAAGACUACAUCCAGCAGUUCCGUUGUUAGUUACACGGGAAGCGAUAAGAAAAAGCACCAUCAAAGGAUAUGAUAUUCUACCCAAAACGUUAGUACAAGUGAAUGCGUGGGCUAUUGGAAGAGAUCCUAAAUCAUGGAACGAUGACCCUGAAAAAUUCAUGCCAGAGAGAUUUUUGGAAAGCCCAAUAGAUUUCAAAGGACGUGACUUUGAGUUGCUUCCUUUUGGGGCUGGAAGAAGAAUGUGUCCUGGCUUAAAUCUUGGUGUUGCUAACACGGAGUUAGCACUUGCCAAUUUGCUGUACUCUUUUGACUGGGAGUUGCCGAGUGGUUUAACAAAGGAAGACAUCGACACUGAUGUUCUUCCAGGCAUCUCUAUGCAUAAGAAAAAUCCAUUAUGCUUAGUGGCUAAAUCACACUUGCACGACCAAACUAGUUUAAGAUAGGAUAGUAUUGACAAUGGUUUGAUCUCGUAAAAUCUUUGAGCAAAAUAUGACUGCAUCAGUGUAUCCCAUUGUUGAAAAUAAAAUAUUAAUGGUCAC